AUGAUCCGCUACCUGCUGCUGCUGGCGCUGGCCGGCGCCGCGUGCGCCGAGAAGGCUCGCUUCGACAACUACCGCGUGCACAGCGUGCUGCCGGAGAGCGACCACCACCUGCGCUUCCUCAGGGAGCUGGAGGAGAACAAUGACUUUCUCUUCUGGAACGAUGUUCGUGCCGUGAAUGCGUCUGUCCACAUCAUGGUACCUCCACACAAGACUGCACAAUUCCAAGAAAUAGUCGAUUUUGUGGGUCUUAAGAGCGAGAUUUACAUCAACGACGUGCAAAAAUUGAUUGAUGCUGAAAAUAACAACCCGGCUGCAAGAUCUGGUAUCUUUGGCUGGAAUGCGUAUUACCGUUUGAAUGAUAUCUAUAAUUGGCUGGACUCUCUGGAAGCUCAGUACCCAGGAGUCGUAAGCGUUGUUGUGGGAGGUACUACUUAUGAAGGACGUGAAAUCAGAGGAGUGAAGGUUUCAUACAAGGCUGGAAAUCCUGGUGUUUUCGUUGAAGGAGGUAUCCAUGCUCGUGAAUGGAUUUCACCUGCGACCGUGACUUACAUUUUGAAUCAGCUUCUGACAAGUCAGGAUCCCGCCAUUAGGGACAUCGCUGAGAAUUACGACUGGUACAUCUUCCCAUCUUUCAACCCUGAUGGCUACGAAUACACCCACACCACGUACCGUCUCUGGCGCAAGACCCGCUCCCGCUCUUCGUCUCUGUGCUACGGUGCCGAUCCCAACCGCAACUGGGGCUUCCACUGGAUGGAUGGUGGUGCCAGCAGCUCUGCUUGCUCAGAAACCUAUGCUGGAUCUUCCGCCUUUUCUGAAAUCGAGGCCAGAAGCCUGUCGCAGUACAUUUCAACUAUUGCCGACAAACUGAGUGUCUACCUGAGUUUCCACAGCUACAGCCAGUAUCUGUUGAUUCCUUAUGGAUUUUCCAACGCGCACAUUUCUAACUACGAUACCUUGAUGGACAUCGGCAAGAAAGCUAUCAACUCUCUUUCUCAGCGUUACGGAACCAAGUAUGUUGUUGGAAAUAUCGUCGACGUCAUCUAUGUUGCGAGCGGAGGAAGCAUGGACUGGGUGCGCGGCGAAUACGGCACCCCCAUCACUUACACGUACGAGCUGCGCGACACUGGCCGCAACGGCUUCGUGCUGCCGGCCGAACAGAUCAUCCCCACCGGCGAGGAGACGCUGGACUCCGUCCUCACCAUCCUCCAGGAGGCGCGCAGCGUCAUCUAA